UGACCGGCGUUACCAUAGAAACGUAUCAACCACCCGCUCUGGCUCGACUGAACGGAAAGUGCAUUGUUUACUUUGCAACACUAAAUUCUCAAGCGUUGCUUUGACUGGACUAUGACGUCCUGUUAUGGACAUGUAUUUGUCCCAGAUUCAGAGUUUCAGACUGGCAGCUGUACUGGAGGAGUGCUCAGACCAGUUGGACAUACUGGAACAUGCUCUGACGAUCCAGAUCCACAGGGAGUGCAGCACUGAAGAGCGACAGGCCAAAGUAAAAAAGGUGAAACGAGACUGUCACUAUAUCUCACAGCAGGUGUCCAAAUUACAAGGUGAGCUGGAAGAGAAGCAGAGCUUCAGCUGUCUGCUACAGGUAGUGCACGGACAGGACCAGGAAAAGAAUGCAGAAAGCAGCAAAAGAGAAGCAAAGAAGGAGAUGGAGAAGAGGAGACGGACGUUACCAAAGCAACAAGCGGAGCUCCAACAGAAAGCAAAUCAACUGAAGGAACUGCAAACACUGUAUGAGGAUGUCAAAGACCGGCUGCAUCGGCUGAACGAGUCAAACGCUGAAAGGAAGAGUCUUGAGGAGAGAAACAUUGAGCAGCAGCUCCAGAAAACUCAAAAUGAGAUGAGGGAAGCUGAGAAGCGACUUGAAGACCAAGUACAGGUGCUGAAUGAUCAGUUGAAGCUGCAGGAGAGAGUUCAUGAAGAGUCAAUAAAGUUCCUGAAGAAACAACAUCAGGAGUUGCAAGAUCAGCUGCGACAGUGGCAGGAGUGCACAGAGCAGAACAUGCAGGAGAAGGAGCAGCAUCUCACCAGCACGCGCUACAGAAGAGCAACCAACUUGGAGAAACUGACCGCUAUGCAGAAGAAGUACAGCGAGAUGGAAGAGGUGGUGAAAGAAGAAUGGGAGGAGCAGGAGAGACUUCGCCAGCUGGAGCUUAGGAAAAAAGCUUCAAUCAAGGUACAGGCUUGGUGGAGAGGUUGCAUGGUCCGCAAAGGCUUCGGCAUUUAUAGGAAAGUGGAAGACAAGAAAGGCAAAAAGAAGAAGAAGAAGGAAGGAAAGAAGAAGAAGAAGAAAUAAGUUCCAUACUUGUUCUUGUUUACGGUAAUACUUUUCAUAUUGUGAAAUAAAAUAA